AGCGAGUAAAGCAGGGCGGGCCCGGCUCACCACUACCGACUCUAGGUGCUUACCAGAUGUGGUGGUGGGGUUGCCAGUUGUCCAUAAGUAGUCGUCAAUGUGAGUGGGUGCGCGUCGGACGCUGGUCCCAGGCCGGUCACAAGGGAUAUCGAAACGCUCACUGCUAGUUCAAGUCUGACUAGUUUCAGCUUGAAUUAUAUGCUAUAGAAGCAAAAUGGUGAGCGGCACUACUGAAAUUUUAACGUGACUCAAGUGAUACGAUUUAAAUCCCAGUUUAAAGAGCAUGUCAUGGUGGCGACUACAUCUUGGGUCCCAGGGGCAGUUUUCCCAAGACGGUAUUGUUUGUACUCUUCGCAGGUGUGUUGUGGUACUAGUGGAGUGCUUUGGUAUAUAGUCUGGGCUACUAGUUUUAGCGAGAGAUAAAAGGUGAUGAUGAAGGCAGGACGCGGUGAACCCAGGGUUGGCAGAAAGUCAAGGUCAGAGAUUUUCCUGUGCACUUUUUGUUAGUGGUGUCGGGGAUGCCGGUGUUGCGGGCCCGGAGUUCUCGGGUGGAGGGUGGGCGGUGUUACCCUCGGGUGUGCUGGGCGGCCGUCAACCGCUCCACCCACUGGGGGGGGUACACCCAUAGGACCCCCUCACCCGAUGGGUCCUCCCAGUCGCUGCACCUGUGUGCCAGAGCCACCUCUUGCAACAGUUGGCCAGUGUACACCUUGGCACGGAAGGGUAGCCAGGGACAGGGGUCGCCGCCCACACCAAGUGUCGCGCCCACAUCCGCCGUCCUCCACCACGGACCUGUUGUCCAAAACCACACACAGCUGAUCAGUUGUGAUAAAAAUUAUUAUCCGGAGUUAACACAAAUAUCCUCAGAGAACAUGACUAGAGGAGACGGCACGUGUUAUCUUGAGUCACGUGAGUCUGACCAACACUCAUCGGGACAUCAUAUCAUGUUAUACAAUUCGUUAUAUUCAGGGAUGGUCAGUGGCGACCACAGCAGCAGUGAUACCAGUAGUGGCAGUGACAUCAGUAGUGGUAGUGACACACUCAGUUCCAGUGACACCCUCAGUGCCAGUGAAACAAUUAGCGCUAAUGAAACUUUGAGCGCCUGUAGUGCCAGUUACAGCGGCAGUGAGGACGGCAGUUAUACAGAACAUUGUGCGAAAUUAACAGGCGACGGCUGUUGUAAUUUGGUGUCUUGUGUUAGUGUUACGUCAGGAGCCAAUAAUAUAAGAAAUGCCCACAUCGUACCUACGGUAGAGGCGGUUGGUCAGCGACACAAGGCCUCCCCGUGUGGUGACGCUCCAAGCUGGACGCCAACAACACCAGAGUUGAAUGGAACAAGUUGUAAACAUUUAGCGACCAGGCAGGGUCACCGCCGCCACAGGCCCAGUUUGGGGAUGGAGCAGACUCUCAGUAAUGGGCUGCAGCACCCUUGUGUUCGUCGUGAAAACGGAAGUAAUACAUUUCCACGAAAGAAUGCGUGUAAACAUACUAAAUCAAGCACUGAGGGAAGUGGAGUAGCUGACAGACAGGUACCGCAAGUAUUGAGGCAAACUACCUUUACAAUAGCCCGAGGAUACACCACUUUUACUCUCCCCGACGACCACACUCCAGGUACCGAGGACGUUGCUACCUACCGCAAGAAGCACCCGUAUCAGCACCUUCCUUCCACCCUGCCUGAUGCUUCAGUAAUCCCACACAGACGCACGGCGCGCUUGGUACCUGACAGUGGUAUGGGUCGGAAGGUUGUUGCCAAAGUACCUGAUGCUGCUGCUGCUACAACUCCCACUGUCAGCCGCCGCACCGCCCUGCCCACCCCUCCUCCGAUCUCCACUGUGUCCCCUUCCCUCGGGAACAAGCAAGCCCUCAUGUCCACUUACCCCUUAUACCGACGAAGAACAAGCAGCGGGGUAAAGCGUGAGGGUAGUGUGGGGAGGGAGGAAGACAAGGGUGGUGUGGGUGGGCGGAGGUGCUCGGGGCCUGGCGGCUGGCUGUACCUGCCUGUUAACAAGGGGCAACGUGGGAGUGGCAGCAGUAAGCGAGGUGUUCCUUUUGCCCGUGGCAACAAUAGCAACAAAGAGCAUGAUCACAUUGUGCACAGUGAGCAAAAGAAAGACCACCAAUCACAACCUCAGUCAGAGCAACAUCGCGGGCGUGCCAUGAAGAUCUCAAUCCGUGAGGAAGCCACCAAGAAGACUGCCAUACUCACCACCCCUGUCACCAGAACUCGGUCGGGUUCCCGUAGUUCUGGAGGGGCAAGUCCAGCAACCUUGCAUGGAAGGGCCCCAUACAAGUCAGCAACUGUCGCACCAGCACCCACAAAACUCUCCACUAAAACUAAUUCGCUCAAUCGGUUUGGAUUUCAUAAUAGUGCACAGGUUAAGUCAGGUGAUAGCACAGACAGUGUAAAUUCUAUUCUAAGUGAUGCACAGACAGUGUCUGACUCAAACUCUAAUAUUUUUGACCUGUGUGAUGAUGAUAUUAAAAAUAACAAAAGCACAAAGAAAAGCAGUGACUCUCUUCAGUGUAACAACAUCCAUAUAGAAACACCGAGGUUGGAAUCGCCCUCUACGAAACUAAUUAAAACUCCAAACUUAAGUAAUACUCCCAGGUUAGGUUCUGGUUUACAGCCAGGUCGCAUCACCGCUUUUACUCGUCAGCUUCCUAAGCCACAAGUAGUCACGGUAAAAUCUGUUAGUCCAAAGGUCCAAGCUCCCAGAUCGCAUAGUCCUAAGCUCAAUAGUCCUCACCAUAGUCCAAUGCCUAAUACCACUAGGUUUCAAAGUCCAUCAGUUAGAGAUAGAAUAAAAACUGUCUCAUUGAAACCUCUAACACAAACUCCAUCUAAGACUCAAACAGAACAGACUUCAAGAGGAAAGCAACAAUUGCCAAGUAACGGUCAGCAUAUUCCACGUGUGUCGAGAGAUUCCGAAUCCUCUACCAGGUCUGUCACAGAAGCUGACUCAGGACUCGGAUCUUCAAGUGAAAGUGAUAAAAUCCAAGGUGAGGGAGAGACAGAUACCCUCAAGUCUUGUAACGAGGAAAGUAAUGAGGACAUGUCUGAUGCUUGGUUAAGAGAAAAGAUGAAGUCCAACGAAACGGUAAAGAGACGGCCAGGAAACUUGGAGGUUUGCUUUAAUGGUACAGGAGCUUUUGAAUUAGCGAGACGCAGUUUAGAAGUGAAAGGAGCAAGUGUUACCCCAUCUCCUCCAACUGCAAAGUCAGAAAUUGUAAUGGAAAAGAAAUCAAAAUCCAGUAAAGAGAAACGUGAAGGCCCAAUAACCUAUGGCAUGGCCAGACAGAAAUUUGCACCAUACAGUCGUAAUCGCUUUGGAUAUGGAUACCAGUCUGGUGUUGCAAGGAGUGGGGACUCUUCUUCAUCUAAUAAUUCUAAUAGUCCAACAUCCACUGUAAUUAAAACACCUGGUAGUUCAGGGUUAGUCAGAAAUCGUGUAGCGUCAUUAGAAACAACCCCAAGUAAGAAGCCCCAGCAGACACCGGUAUUAAGAAGAACUACUCUAAAGAAACCUAUUGUUAGACCCACCUCUUUGGAAAAGACGCCUCUCCUAGUCAUGCCUGUUACUGAAAAAACGAUUGAGCUGAGUAAGCCUGUAUGUCGAAGAUUAGAGUACAGCGAGUGUAAAAUAGUGAAAAAUGAUACACUGAAGGAUUCGAACUGUGAGAUACAACAAGGAAUAAAUCCUAAACUCUCUACCUCAAAGACAGUUGCAGGGGAUAUGUUGAUUGUUGGAUCAGUGGAAACAGAAAUGCAGAAAGAUACAAAUAUGCUCUUUGAGACAGAUAAUCAUGGAAGUUACUAUGAAAAUUCAUAUUGUAAAAUUGCAGAAGUUGGCAAAAAUGAAGUACCUUUAGCAAAUAAUAUUGAUAGUAGUCUUACAACUAGUUUCAGUAAAGGUUCUCAAGAUAUGCGUGAAACUGAAAAACUAACAAUUGAAGAAAUAAGUGGAGACCUUUCACAAUCGACUGGUGCUGCAGACACGCCAAAUGAUAUCACAGACACUAGUUUUUCUGAUAAGAUAGAAGAUGUAGUUGAAGGUGAAGUAAUCUCAAACAAGCAUAUCCUCCAAUCUCCUGAUGAUGUGGGUAUGAAAGCUCUUACACCUCAGUCAGAGUCCUCUUUUGAAAUUUUGGAAUCUCUCAGUGAAACAAUUGAUUUAAAUUCAGAAGACAUUAAAGAUGAUGCUGAUCACUCGGUAACAGAGCCAGAGAGCAGCUAUGAAAGUAAGGCAACAGUGUUUGAAACCAAGAGAGAAUCUGAUGUAGAUUCAGCUGCAUCCCUCUCAGGAUCAUCAGUUUCACUACCCACUGAAGGAUCAGCAAAACCAGCUGUGCUACAGAAACCUAAACAGGCUGUAACCUCUCCUGGGCCACAGACUGCUUCUAAUAAAUUUGUUAAUUCUGUAUCAGAACUUCCCUCCAACGCGCAAAAAAAUAAUUCUGAAAGUUUACAAAAAUCUACUGCUGGAUCACCAGUUGAUAAGAAGAGACCACUUUGCCAAGCAUUGUCUGCUAUGAAGACAUCAUUUGAAUCAAAGACUUCAAUGGAAUCUUCAGCUGAAUCACAAAAGUUAGGGGGUAUGGUGAAUUCAAUGGCUGAAUCAAGUGAUCGGUCAACACUAUCUGGUAUGUGCACCCCGACACUAAAUGCUGGCAGGGGAGACUUGGAUCAAGAUUUCCUGAUUGAUGAUGAGAUAGCUGACCAACCAGGUCUCAUGUUUGGGGAAUCAACAAUGGCAUCUUCGUUUUUCACUGAUGAUGGAAUAUUUGAUGAUAUGGCAUCACCUUCUCCUAGUCAUACAGCCCUCAAGUCAGCAUUAGCAGAAAUGGGGCGAAGUCGAGCCGACAGUGUAGAUACAACCUCUAGUCUUGGAGCAGAUGAUCUCAUGCUAGAUUUUGAAGCUGAAGAAGGAAAGAUGGGCGGUUCGUCUAACAGGUCCUCUAACAGUUCGUCCCUCAGUGUCAGCCUCCCUGGAACUUUAACUGGGGCGCGGCCCAAAAAGAUGCACCUUCGCAUUACCAUUCCUGGACGAAGGUAUGAUGAAGAAGUUUUAAGUCCAGAUGCUAGUGAGAUAUUCAGUGAAUGGACAGCUAUGAUGGCAGAAAUGGGGAGCACAAUUUCAGAUCGAUGUGUAUCACGAGAUGGCAGCAGUUGUGGUGGGCGCACAUCUCGCCCCAGGCUGGGCAGUUCAUCAGAGGUUGCUUCACCAGAUCCCAGAAGACCCACAGUGCUGAGACCACCUCGACAGGGUGGUGCACUGGAGGUAGAGGGAGGUGGGGUCUGUCUAGACCGUACCACAUAUCAUUAUAUGUGCCAGGAUGUUACUGCUCUAAAAACAAUGUUGUUGCGUCUCAGAAGAGUCUUACAAGCAGCAGAAACCAUGAACCCCUUUGAUGCCAACUUGAGGAAUUCCUUGUACCUGAGCCUGGCCAGUAGUGACUUGCCAGGAGGGACUGGCAUCAAUGGUGAUAAAGAUUCACUUACACCAUCAAACACAGAAGUAUCUCAAGAAAAUGUUGACCUCAGGAGACAGGUGGUGCUUUUGCAACAGCAACUAGAUGAACGUGAUCGAACCAUACGGCUUUUACAACAGCAACUUGCACAGUCUAUAGGAAACCAGAACCCAACUUGUACCUCUCAAGAAACUAAGGACCCACAAAAUAUAGUUAAUGCAGCUACCCAAACAGAUCGCUCGGCUCGCCCAACUUUAACGGGGUCAAGCCUCUCACGGGCAGCUUCUAUUGACGAUGGACUCGGACCAACUGUUAGCUUCCGGCUGGGCAAGCAGGUACAUGUAUUCUGAGGUUGAUUGUGAUCGCACGGGUCGAGGCCGAAGCACUUCAGCAUCAGACCAUCGCCAACCUAGAGCCACCAGCCAGCCACCGAUACCAUUUACCCGUGGACCUUCCAACACUGAACCAUGAUUCUCAUUUAUCAUGAUUUAGACUUACACAUAACCCAUUGCCAUGUGAAACCAUCAGUGAUUACAAUUCAUAACAUAAUCAACUUGUACUUCCAAGGUUUAGUGAUUCAGUUACUUAUUGUUUGCAUUGUUAUUUACCAUCACCUAAGGAUAAUUGUCAGGAAAACGUAGACUUUAUGUAUCACCCAUCAGGUACAGUACUGUAUCUUAUAGUCCUUUAAGCACAGUGCUGAGUAUUAUGAGUCUUUCAUUGUAUGUAUGUUUGUUUGUUUACCUAUAUUUAUUUUCAUUAUUGUUCUUGCUAUACAGGUUUGGAAGCUUCUUUGGAAUGAUUAUUGUGUAUGAGAUUUUACCAUUAUUUUAGUUUCAUUUGCCAAAAUUUAAUAUGGAUGUUAUUUGGGGCAGAAAUUCUCAUAACUACAUGAGAAAUAUUGUAUCACUACUCCAUAAGUGGUCAUUUCUCUGAUUUAACAGCCAUAAGGUUGUCAGAUAUUGUGAUACUUGUAACAUGUAUUAUAUGUACUUCCAUGUUGAGAUCAAUCUAAUGCUGUUGAUAUUUGUCAGGUAUUCCAAUGAAGGAGUAAUAGACAUAUUCAACCAAUUUCAAAUAUGUGUUAUGCAAAUGAUAUAUCGAACAAGUCUGUCACAGGCAUGCUUUUUUAUCGUAUCAUUCAAUGGUAAUGCAAGUAACUGUUUCAUGUAGGUUAAUACAUUCAGAGUCUGGACCUACAUAGCAUCAUAAUUUAUAGGUUGCAGACAUUUAAUUGCUGACAAUGUGUUGUAAGCUUCUGAUUUAGAAGUUGUAGACAAUAAUACACUAUAAGUAGACAAUGCCAUACUAUAUAUAACUGGUGUCACUUUCAUAAUAUCCUGAUCAGCAUUACAGAAAUGGAAGCACAAUAUACCUUAGUAAAUCUUGUAAUAUGUGUAAAAGCAAUCCCCCUUACAGUAUGUUUAGAUAUUUCUUGAGUUCAUGUAACAAAGUAUGAACAGGAAACCGAAUAUUCUCCAUCAAAUGAGCUGCUUGUAUUUGAUAACUCAGCUGUAUUGCAGUUCUGGCUUGCAAUGGAUUAUCACUUUAUUCAUCUUUAAGCCUACCAAGUUUCAGGCUGCUGUAGCUUGUCCAAUGUUAAGUGUGAUGAUGUCAGAAAUUGUGAACAUGGGAAGAGGUCGACAUCCACAUUUUGGGAAAAAAAAAUUGUAUUAUUAAGUAUGGAUAAGUAGUAAACUAGUUCCUAAUUUGGAUAGUAAUUGUGGUAAUAGUGUAGAGGUAAGAUCUGUUGUAAAAUAAACUAAACAAUAUAAAAAUGUAUAUAAUGAAAUUUUAAAAGAUUCAUGUCAAAAGACUAGUCAAAUCCUCCCAUGACUCAUUCACAAAUAUGAUGUUAUUACAAAUAUUGAUUUUUUUUUCUUUUUCUUUCUUUCUCUCUUAAAUAAGAAGCUUUAUCGAGUCCCUAUUGGGAACUUCAUCAUUAUGUAGAUAUGAUUUUUGAGGAUGUGACUGGUUUAAGAAUCUGUGUAAAUAGGAAAUAUAUUUAUUGUAGUAUUUAUACCUCAUGAUCAAGUUCACAUGCAUCAGAUGAUUGCAGGUGGUAAAACUUUUUUUUUUUUUUUUUAAGUAAUAAACCUUAGAUGUGUUAAACUCGGACUACAUUACGGUCACCAGCCACUUCAUCUAUUAUGUAUUAAAUAUAAUUAGUAAUUUGUUAUCACCAGCAUUUUCCUGCAAGCAUUUGAGGGUGAAGCUAAUGCCAAAGAACAUGAACCAUAUGUCGAAGUGUGUUUUUGUUGUAUUUUCUUUAGAACUGUGAUGGUUAGUUUAUGUGAUAGUAUUUUAAACUUUAUAUCUUAUUUGUGUGACACAUUCCAUUCCUUGUCUUUUAAUAUAAAAUAGUUGUCCAGUUUUGUUACUUAUUUUUUAAACAAAAAACAUCACUGAUGUUUGACUUCAUUUUAUAAAUGAAAGUGUACUUGGUCACUUUCAUUGGCUACACUCUUAACUGAAAUUUUUUUUAAA